AUGUCCAAACCCUGGGGCAAUAUCGGAGCCUGGGCCGCCGAUUCCGAGCGGGCCGAGGCCGAGGAGCGAGAGGCCCAGGCUGCGGCCGCUGCCGCCGAGACCCAAAACUUCCCCAGCCUCAAGGAGGCAGUGAACUCUAAGCCUAAGAAGAAGAAGGGAACCACCAUCACGCUCUCUGAGUUCAACCGAGGCGGUUUUGCCUCUGGUGGGGAGCACCAGGGUCUGACGCGCGAUGAGUUGAUGGCGCUCCCUACCGGCCCCAAGGAACGUUCCCCCGAGGAAAUGCAGUUCAAUCGUCUCGGGGGAGGUUUCUCCUCAUACGACCGUUCCGGCGGUCGCUCGCGCGACCGGGACGGCGGAAACAACGACGGCUCCUGGGGCGGAGGAGGGAGAAGAUCGUACGGCGGAUUCGACGAGGAACGCAGGGGUCCGAAUCCUAGGGUUUCGGAACUCGAUCAGCCUUCCAGGGCUGAUGAGGUCGACAAUUGGGCGUCCGUGAAGAAAUCUGUGCCCGCGUUUGAUUCUGGCCGGCAGAAUCGCUACGGUGGCGGUGGUGGCGGCGGUUUUGGCGGCGGCGGUGGCGGUUUUGGUACCGGUGGUGGUGGUUUUGGUGGUGCGUCCAGGGCUGAUGGUGUGGAUAAUUGGGCGGUUGGUAAGAAGCCUGUUCCGGUUAGAUCUUCCAAUUUUGGUUCUGGUUUUCGUGAUUCCGGCGUGGAGCCUGAUCGGUGGACAAGAGGUGGUCCACCGCGUGAGACGGAGCGGAUGGAGCGUCCGAGACUGGUGUUGGAUCCGCCGAGGGGUGAUGGUUUGAUGAAUGAGGCUCCUGUGAAGGCUACAAACAAGGGUAAUCCGUUCGGUGCGGCGAGGCCCAGGGAGGAGGUAUUGGCUGAGAAGGGAUUGGAUUGGAAGAAGAUGGAUUCAGAGAUUGAGGCGAAGAAGACGAGCCGGCCCACGAGCUCUCACUCUAGCAGGCCUUCCAGUGCUCAGUCCAAUCGCUCUGAGGGUCCCGGGUUGCAGGGGGUGGAUGUUGUGCAGAAAUCGAGGCCCAAGAUGAAUCCAUUUGGGGAUGCCAAGCCUAGGGAGGUUCUGCUGGGUGAGCGAGGCAUGGAUUGGAGGAAAAUUGAUCUUGAAUUGGAGCAUCGCGCUGUUGACAGAUUGGUCUCUAUGUUUUUGUUUGGUGCGUCUGGUGGCAACUCAUAUGGGUUGGAUGCAAGUUGCCAGAGGUGCAAUGUUAGGGUUCCACUGGUACUGGAGUCCCUUGAGGAGUUGAUGUUGAUGGUGAAAGGCAUCAGUUGGCCUGAGACAAUGGAGGAAAAAUUAUUAAAAGAAGAAAUUGAUAAUUUGAAAAAGGAACUUGGGAAGGAGUCUCCAAUAAAUUCAAACAAGGAAUCUGUGGAUGAGGCUGAUGGAGACCAAACCAGUACACAUGAAAUACUACGACAGAAAGAAAAGGAGCUGGAACUUCUUGUCCGUGAUUUGGAUGACAAAGUACGAUUUGGGCAGAAAGCCGUUGAAAGGCCGGGUUCUUCGGCAGGAAAGUCUUCUGGUUUGUCUGAUAGGCCACCUUCUAGAUCUGGCUCUUUUGAGGACUCCAGAAGUGUAGAUUAUACAGACAGACCUCGAUCUCGUGGUACAGGAGAUAUGUGGGCACGUCCUAGUGAUGACAGAAGACAGUUUCAAGGUAGCAGGGAAAGGGGGUGGUUUUCUGGCAGCAGAGAUUUGAAUAGGUCAAAUUCAAGAGAGAGAUGGUGA